GAGAGGCAGGAGGGUAAAACUUUGCAUUUCUUUUACAUUCCAGAUUUACUCCCUCCCACUUUUAAUUUCCCUUCAUUCUGUCGCUCUCAUGUGCAGAAACUGUCUACUUCUCACACACACACUCACUCUCACUCUAUCUAUCUAUCUAUCUAUCUUAGCUUCUCGCACUAUGUACCGGCCUUUUCUUUUUCUCUUUUCUUUUCUCUUUUUUUAUAAUUAUUUUUGGAACAAAAAAUAAAGAAACAACUUAAUUUAGUUGUAAUAAGGACUAGAUCUAGUAUCUAGUAGAAGUACUAGCUAAGUAUAUUAUAUAAAUAAAGCAGUAAGGUAUUCGGUAGUGCUAAGUAACCAUGAAAUAAAGCAAUUCAAUAGAGGGACUAGUGAGUCUGUGAGUGAGCAGGCCAUCAUCAUUCACUACCACAGCUAGCGUUACUCACACCAAUUAAGUUCCAAAUUACAUAGAUACAACGACUACUCUUACUUAGGAUUAUAUUAUUUGUUAGUACAGUUUUUAAACAGCUAAAAUGAGUGAUCCUGCUUACUGCAACACCAAUAUCUUCACAAAAUGGUUCAACUUCAUCCCUCUGCAUCAUCCAACCACUCAUACUAAUACUACUCCCGUUCCGCCUCCUGCUCAUCCUGCUCCUGCUCCUGCUCCUGCUCCUGCUCCGCCUUCUAAUGAUAUUAAUAGUCAUGGCGGCGGCUUUGACUUGAAUGUUAAUUCGUCUUGGAGUACUAGUAAUGACGUCCAUAGCAAAUUUCAUCCAUUUUCAUUCCCUGAUUCUCCAGCUUUAGUAAAGGAAAAGGAAGCCCUACCACUCCUAAACACACUAAUUAGAGAAAGGAAAGAGCAUCACCAAGAUGAAGAAGAAGAUGAUGAAGAAGAAGAUGAAACAAUGAUGAUGAUGAUCACCAGCGAUGCAGAUGCAGAUGCAGAUCCAGAUCCAAAACGAAAUCAUGCAGUGGUCAACCCUAAUUCAGACACGGAGCAAGAACACCAUGGUGAUCGGAUGAGGAGGCGGCAGCAGCAGCAGGAGCGGGAGGUUCCAAUCCAAGGCAGCAGCAGCAGCAGCAGCCUGCAAUAUUGGAUUCCUACUCCUGCUCAAAUACUUAUUGGUCCAACCCAGUUUUCUUGUCCUCUUUGUUCCAAGACCUUCAACCGCUAUAAUAAUCUUCAGAUGCAUAUGUGGGGGCAUGGGUCACAAUAUAGAAGAGGACCAGAAUCACUGAAGGGCAGCCAACCAACACCAAUGCUAAGGUUACCAUGCUAUUGUUGCGCGGCGGAUUGCAAGCACAACAUAGAGCACCCAAGAGCAAGACCUCUAAAGGACUUCAGAACCCUUCAAACUCACUAUAAAAGAAAGCAUGGCGUGAAACCUUUCAUGUGCAGAAAAUGUAGCAAGUCCUUUGCUGUGAAAGGCGACUGGAGAACACACGAAAAGAAUUGUGGGAGGGUUUGGUAUUGCGUAUGUGGCUCCGAUUUUAAGCAUAAGAGGUCUUUAAAAGACCACAUUAAAGCCUUUGGUCAUGGUCAUGUCGCCUUUGGAGCUCAUUUUACUGGCCAUGCCGGCCUGCAGGAUGAUUGCAGCUUAGAUGAACCUCAAGCUUCUGAUGGGGAUUCUAACUUAUGAUCAUAUAUUAUUAAUUAAGUAUAUACUUCUUUUCUUUUCUUUUCUUUUUUUUUUUUUUGUUUAUGUGCGUGCGUGUGAUCUGUUUGUCAUCUUCUUUAAUCUUAAUUAACAGUACAUGAUUUUCUGUAUAGCUAGCUAGGUACGUCGUUGCAUUAGUUGUGGUUCCAAAUUUGUACUUGCGUUGCUAAUAAAUGCAAUGAUCAUAUAAACUAUCAAUUAUCCAUUAUCCAUUAUUCGUAGCUUGGAAUUGGUCAUAUAUACUUCCU